CAGGUAACGUCUCUCCCCCUGGAUAGUCCGAGUCCGACCUGGUUAUGCCACAUUGUAGAGAGAGAGAGAAAGAGUAAAGAAAAUCAAAAUUGAAAGAGAGAGAGAGACGAAAUAAAACAAAACUACUCAUCAGAAUCGGGAACAAGAAAAAGCUACUGUUCGUAUUUUUUUUUUAUAAAUUCGAAAUGCCGGCGAUAGCAGGGGCUUUAAUUUCGGGCUCUGCAACGUCGGCGUGAGAUCUCUCUGCGAAGAAUCAAAUGGGUUCAAGCUCUUUGGUGGGUGGUGGUGGGGCAGCGGUUUGUAAUAAUGGGACGGCGGUGGGAGGUGGUGGUAGCGGCGGCGGAGGGAGCUGCUGUGACAUGAGUCUGAGGUGUUGGUGUAGGUGGAGAUUAGAGCACCGGUGGAGGUGGCUCUCGCUUUUCUCUUCUGGUUUUGUUUUCUUUCUGGGUUGUUUUGUGUUGUACGGAUCAAUUGCGACCCUUUAUGCGUGGUUGGUUUUCAAGCCUUCUUAUGAUGGUGGUGUCCGUGCGGGUAUGGGUUCGCUUGGGUGCCAAGAGGACAAUGAGGGGUCAUGGUCCAUUGGUGUUUUCUAUGGAGACUCUCCCUUCUCUCUCAAACCCAUUGAACAGAUGAAUGUAAGGAGGGAUGCAAGUGCAGCAUGGCCAGUUGCUAACCCAGUUGUGACAUGUGCUUCGGUAUCUGAUGCUAGUUUCCCCAGUAAUUUUGUUGCAGAUCCUUUUAUUUAUAUUCAGGGAGAUACUCUUUUCCUCUUCUAUGAAACGAAGAACUCAAUCACCAUGCAAGGAGACAUUGGGGUUGCAAAAAGUACCGACAAGGGAGCAACAUGGCAACAAUUGGGCAUUGCUUUGGAUGAGGACUGGCAUCUCUCUUAUCCUUAUGUAUUUGAUUACCAAGACCAAAUAUAUAUGAUACCUGAGAGCAGCCAGAAGGGGGAACUUCGUCUUUACCGUGCAAUCAACUUCCCUUUGCAGUGGACGCUAGUCAAAAUCCUCAUAAAGAAACCUCUGGUUGAUUCUUUUGUAAUUAAUCAUGAUGGCCAAUAUUGGCUUUUUGGCUCAGAUCACAGUGGUUUUGGAACCAAGAAAAAUGGACAGCUGGAGAUAUGGUAUAGCGGCUCACCACUUGGACCUUGGAAGCCACACAAGAAGAACCCUAUUUAUAAUGUUGACAAGAGCUUGGGGGCCAGAAAUGGAGGCAGACCUUUUGUGUACAAUGGAGACCUGUAUCGGGUUGGGCAAGACUGUGGAGAAACGUAUGGGCGACGAGUUCGUGUUUUCAAGGUGGAAGUUCUUACCAAGGAUGAAUACAAAGAAGUUGAAGUUCCUCUCAGCUUUGAAGAGUCCCGUAAGGCCCAAAAUGCUUGGAAUGGAGCUCGCUAUCAUCAUCUUGAUGUGCAACAGUUAAGUUCUGGUGAGUGGAUUGGGGUUAUGGAUGGAGACCGGGUAGGUUCAGGGGAUUCAGUGCGUCGGUUUAUUCUUGGUUGUGCUUCACUUGCAGCUUUGGCGGCAAUUGUUGUAUUAUUGGGUGUGCUACUUGGGGCUGUGAGGUGCAUCAUUCCCCUAAACUGGUGUCCUCACUAUUCAGGUAAAAGAAGUGACACAUUCUUGGCUUGGGAAAGGUCACAUUUAUUUUCUUCGAAGGUGAGACGGUUCUGUAGUCGCUUGAACCGGGUACCUUUGUCGCUUCGAGGCAAAAUAAAGCCUAAUACAUGUGUGGGAAAGUUUGUUCUGGCUGUUUUAUUUGCUGUUGGGAUUGCAAUGAUGUGCAUGGGAGUUAAAUAUAUCUACGGAGGCAAUGGAGCAGAAGAAGGCUAUCCACUGGAGGGUCAUUAUUCUCAAUUCACUCUAUUAACAAUGACCUAUGAUGCUCGGCUCUGGAAUUUGAAAAUGUAUGUGAAGCAUUACUCAAAGUGUUCCUCAGUGAAAGAGAUUGUCGUGGUGUGGAACAAAGGAACGCCUCCCAAAUUAAGUGAUUUUGAAUCAGCAGUGCCUGUUAGGAUCAGAGUAGAGAAACAAAACUCACUGAAUAACCGUUUCAAGUUGGAUCCAUUGAUAAAUACCCGUGCUGUUCUAGAGCUUGACGAUGAUAUUAUGAUGACUUGCGAUGAUAUUGAAAGGGGAUUUAAUGUAUGGCGUCAACACCCAGAUCGGAUUGUGGGUUUCUACCCGCGACUUGUUAAGGGAAGUCAAUUGAAAUACAAGGGUGAGAAUCACGCCCGGAAGCAUAAAGGGUAUAAUAUGAUUCUUACUGGGGCAGCUUUCCUUGAUAGUCAAGUAGCUUUUGAGAGGUACUGGAGUGAAGAAGCCAGGCCUGGCAGGGAAAUGGUAGACAAGUUCUUCAACUGUGAGGAUGUGCUAAUGAAUUAUUUGUAUGCAAAUGGUAGCUCAUCAAGAACAGUUGAUUAUGUGAGACCAGCAUGGGCAAUAGAUACGUCUAAAUUUUCCGGUGCUGCAAUUAGCCGAAACACGCAAGUGCAUUACCGGAUAAGAAGCAACUGCCUCCUUAAAUUUUCUGAGAUAUAUGGAAGUUUGGCUGGCCGGAAGUGGGAGUUUGAUGGCAGGAAAGAUGGUUGGGAUUUGUAGUAAAGACGUGAAUAGAACAGUUGACUUCUCCAUGUUUGUCGUCCUCGUACCAUCCUUUUUUUUUUGAUAAAUUAUUGUUGAUCCUGUCUAUAGGUUUUCACCUUAUUCAUUUAAAGAUUUUGUGAUAGGGUUCUUCUUUAGGUACUUGGUAAUCUUUAACAAGAUGUACAUUGGUUUCUGUCAAACUAGUGUCCUUGUUUUUUUUUAAGUUUUUCUUGAAAUUUGAUCAAAUAUGGUUUGUAGCUUGGCCUUUGAGA